AUGCGCCUUUGGCACCCAGCAGUCGAUGGAUACUGGAUCGUGACUGGUUGUUGGAUCCAGACUUUCGGGUAAUUGAAGCCCGCUUUGAUGCUGCACCAUCAUUGCCCGAUCUUUUGGUCAACCGCGUGCGGGGUAGGCUUAUUAUGGUCGGGACACAAACCAUCGAAACAAACCAUGAGGACAUGAUUCAUGAUGCCCAGUUAGACUACUAUGGAACCACACUUGCAACAGCUUCUUCUGAUGAGUCAAUUAAAAUCUUUGAUGUGCGCAAUAAAAAGCAAGUACUCGUGGCACACCUUCGUGAACAUCAAGGACCCGUUUGGGGAUUGAGCUGGUCUCAUCCAAUGUACGGCAGCCUGCUCGCCUCUUGUGGAUACGACCGUAAAGUGAUCAUCUGGCAAGAGCAAAAUGGUCGGUGGGGGAAAAUCCACGAAUAUACCGAACACGCCAGUUCUGUAAACUGUGUUAGCUGGGCUCCUCAUCCCUACGGACUGAUGUUGGCUUGCGCCAGUUCGGAUGGUACAAUAUCAAUUCUCACUUCAGAUGGUAGCAACAACUGGCAUGCAGUCCGUAUUCCAAACGCCCAUUCGAUCGGUGUAAACAGCGUUUCCUGGGCCCCUGCAAUAAACGCCGACUUUAUGCUCAAUCCAUCGUCUAUAAAUUCAGUAAAUCCGCUGAUCAAGCGGUUUGUUUCGGCCGGAAGUGACUCGCUAAUAAAAAUUUGGCGUGAGGAUACCGCCUCCGGAACCACAGAAUGGAUCGAAGAAACCCGUCUAGAGGGCCAUUCCGAUUGGGUUCGCGAUGUCGCUUGGGCACCGAGUUUGAAUGUGGCUCGUCAAAUGAUCGCUUCCUGUGGUCAAGACGGACGCGUAAUUGUGUGGGUAUCUGUGGGUCUGGACGAACCUGGUGCUGUCCACAUGGGUGCAACAGUGGAUCCGAAAGACUAUGUGCACCGCCCGGGCGGAACAAGUUGGUCUCCGGUCGUAUUAAAUACAUAUGCAGAUGUUGUUUGGCAUGUGUCCUGGUCCAUCACGGGUAAUAUCUUGGCUGUUUCCGGUGGAGACAACAAAGUCACUUUAUGGAAGCAAACUCUUGAAGGGGGAUGGAUUGCGCUGAGUGAGAUUUCGCGCGGCCAUGGUGGGCCGGCCAGUCUAUUAGGCAUGGAUGAACCAAGUCAGCUAUCCAUGCCGCCUGUGGCAUCAGGCUAG